CAAAUUGUUCGUCUUCACCUCCAUCGGAAUUAUGGAAAAUAUGUGGUCGAAUUGCACGUGCAGAUACAGUGCUGCUGGAAAUUGUUGAAUAGAAAUGGGGAAUAGUCUUUAGCGGGCUUCGUCUACUGGGAAAGGGAAACUAUUCAUCUUACGAUAUUAAACUAGGCAAAGCGGCUACCAUUAGCGUAACAAAAGAAGAUGUUUGGGGCCGACGUUGGAAACUCGAGUACGACGUUGACGGAAUGACUUCUACACUUUUCUUAUUAAAAACCACGGACAAAGUAUCAGGUCCUGAAACCUUAAGCAUCUGUCUAGAAGAUUGUAGUGCCGUAAAAAAGGAGGUGCUUUCUUAUCAAUGGGAAACAAUCACGAUAGAAGUGAAAAAAGAAAAAAGUAUUGGUUUUCUUUACCCAACAUUUGAGUCGGCAAGCUACUUGACGGGUGCAGAAUAUGGUGAAUCAUUGAGUGGCGGGAUAAAAACACAGAGGUGGGCAUAUGCGAGUGGAACCAAGAAAGGUCUUUUGGUUAUGGAGAGCAAGAAGAAAAGCAACGAAAAACAACCCUACAGGGUUACCGUAGCGCAUUAUUACGUGAAUAGUGGUGGAAGUGAUGUAGACGUAGGUUUUUCAGUUGUGGUGAGGAUUCGAGUGGUUAAUGGGAAAUUAGAUUUCAUCGUAGAUGGCCCUGUGGAACACCCUACUUCUGCAUUACAUUACAUGAUUGAACAAGUGUGUCGAACUGAGAAGUGGAAGCCUUCUGCAUGCCCUCACUGCAAGGAUCUCCAAUCGCAACAGCGUAGAUGGGUGUCUGAUAGUGAAGACAGCGACAGCAAUCUUCUAACACCACCACCAUCUCAUGGAGGCCAACAAAGCGUAUCAAAUAUGGGACGCUACAAUGGCGAUGGCAUCGGUAAUAUAAUUCAAGCAAAGGAAGUUAACUUUAAUAAAUGGUGGAUGAUGCGACGUUUCAGAAAUUAAGUGUGAGUGAAAGUAUUACAUUAAUCAAAAUAACACACUUAAACACAAGAUGUAAGAUUUUUAAUUAAAAGUUAUGUGAAAUGUCUUUAUGUAUAUUAGGAUAUACCAUAUUAUAUAAUAGGUUAAAAUACCUUUUUAGUCCCCAAGUUGGGGUGAGAAUUUUCAUUUUGUCCCUCCUUUCAGAAAU